CAGCUUUUCGUUUUGCUAAAUCACGAAAUCCCAUAAUAUUUAAAACCCAGCAAAACAGAAAGGUGGAAAAAUUGAAAUUACGCGUACGGCUAAAAUCCAUUUUCUGUGCAGGCACAAAAUACAGUUCUAUGGUACAACAGGCAGUACUGGAGACUCUGAGGUGCCUACAGAGGUCCUUUGAAAGAGGAAGUCGUGUAUUCAGGUGGGGAUAUAAACUUUAGAGGUCUUACAGUAAUGCUUGCAUUUUAAGUAACACUGUCUCACAGGUUCACGCUGGCCAAAGAUCGGCUGUUUAAACGUGCUCUUGGCUGGCUAAAGAAACACCAUGGGAACAGCCGGAAAGGUGAUUCAGUGUAAGGCAGCAGUGGCCUGGGAGCCUGGGAAGCCCCUGUCUAUCGAGGAAGUGGAGGUGGCUCCGCCCAAGGCUCAUGAAGUUCGUAUCAAGAUUGCAGCCAGUGGAGUGUGUCACACUGACUGGACCUACGUGUUUGAGAUGACUAAAGUGAACCAAACCCGACCCUACCCCAUGGUUCUGGGACAUGAAGGAGCUGGAAUUGUGGAAAGUGUUGGUCCUGGCGUCACAAAAUUUACACCAGGAGACACAGUCAUUCCCCUCUUCCUGCCACAGUGUGGAGAAUGCGAGUGCUGCCUGAGUCCUAAAACUAAUUUAUGUGACAAGAACUGGGAAAAUACACAACAGGGCGUGAUGGCAGAUGGUACCAGCAGGAUAACCUGCAAGGGACAGCAGAUCUAUCAGUUCAUUGGCGUUAGCAGCUUCUCUGAAUACACUGUGGUUCCAGACACCUCGGUGACCAAGAUUCGAGCCGACGCUCCCCUUGAUAAAGUGUGCCUACUGGGAUGUGGAAUUCCAACUGGGUAUGGCGCUGCACUCAACACUGCCAAGGUAGAGCCCGGCUCCAGCUGUGCGGUGUUCGGCCUGGGAGCUGUGGGUCUGGCUGCUGUGAUGGGCUGCAAGGCUGCCGGAGCCUCUCGGAUCAUUGCAGUCGACAUCAACAAGGACAAGUUUGAGAAGGCCAAGGUGUUCGGCGCCACUGAGUUUGUCAACCCUAACAACCACAGCAAACCCAUCCAGAAGGUCCUGGCUGAGAUGACCAAAGGCGGAGUGGACUUCUCCUUCGAGUGUGUUGGGAACGUCUCUGUCAUGAAAUCUGCCCUUGAGUCAUGUCGCAAAGGCUGGGGAACUAGUGUCAUUGUUGGCUGGAAUGAAAUGCAUGAAGUCUCUACCUCGCCUCUUCAAUUAAUAUUUGGGCGCAAUUGGAAAGGCACUUACUUUGGAGGCUGGAAGAGUGUGGAGAGUGUGCCCAAGCUGGUGGAGGAUUACAUGGCAAAGAGGCUGAAGCUGGAUGAGUUUGUGAGCCACACUUUGCCCUUGGACAGAGUGAAUGAGGCCUUUGACCUCAUGACUAGUGGGAAAAGCAUCCGAACAGUCAUAAAAAUGUCAGAUUAAUUUAUGCAGCUGUUUGCAGAAGACAACUUAGAGGACUCUUCUCCAUUUGUGUGUCCUGUUCCUAAGAAAAUAAAAUACAUACUUAUGCAUACAG